AUGGCAAAAAAGACAGAGCUUCGACUCGCAAGAACAUAUUUAUGGGCGGACAUGCGCUGUCGCUCUCUUCCGAUCAAGAAAGUGAUGUCACAAUUAAUUUCAUUGCUGCAUUGGAUAACGGGAACAAAAUUCAUUGUUGCGUUUUUGGACAACUUUCACAAUCCAAAACUUGACAUCAGUCCAGAACUAUUUAUUACUACCGCCAGUAAUCACCCAGUCCAUGUUCACGUCAAUUCCCCAGGCUCCACAAAUCCUAGAAUCCACAUGUCCUUUGUUGUGACCCGCGGUGUUGUCCACAAGGUGGAAGUCGAUCCUCAUUUUCGUUUGAACCAUACCGAACUGGUCAACAAAGCCAUCAAAAUAACAACUGAUGAUGAGAUAGUUGUCUACGGCGUCAACAGAGAGACGGCAUCAGAUGACGCCUACCUAGCCUUACCAACAGACGUAUUAGGUACAGAGUAUUACACCAUCUCAUACGCACCGGCCUACUACUAUUGCGUGUUUGCAGUUAUCUCUGGAAAUGACAACACACACGUGUCCAUACAGCUUCCGAACCGAGACGGAGUUCAAGUGACGUACAACAAUCACGUGUAUCACAAAAAUGAUUGGAUAAACGUUACUAUGAACAAAUACCAAACCUUUCAAGUAAGCUCCGUUGGUGAUCUAACAGGAAGUCACGUGAUUUCAAGUCUUCCUGUCGGAGUCAUCAGUGGUAACAAGAAAACCAUAGUUGGUAACACGGGUGGGUCACGUGAUCAUCUAACAGAAAUGUUGAUGCCAGUACAGUCAUGGGGCAAAAAUUUUGCAACGGUACCCAUCCCAGCGAGAUCGGUUGGUGAUGAGUUUCGAUUUGUGGCAAGCAAAGACAACACAAAAGUAUCGGUGAAAGGUAAAAUUAACGGAACACUCUUCACUGACAACUUUACCAUUCCUCAUGCCGGAGACUUUGUGCAAAAAGUCUAUAGUUCCUUCCUGUACUCCCAUGUAGUGGCCAGUGAACCAAUCGCCUUAUUUCAGUUUUCCAGAACCCAGGCCUACCAUCAUGAAGAUAUCGACCCCUCAAUGAUCACGGUGCCUCCCAUUGAGCAGUACGGCACAGAUUAUACAUUUACAACUCCGGAGUAUUCAAAAGGCCAAUACCUAAAUCAGUUUAUGUUUAUAAUCGACAGUCAUCAAAAGGGUGGCCUUCUUCUAGAUGGAAAACCACUGCCAAACCAUCAGAAGUACGUGCAUAUACCCGGCGCGCACCUUGUAGGAGGGUACGUUAAUAUAACGGUAGGAACCCACACCGUCACACACACAAGCCCCAACGUCACAAUAGGAGGAAUCCUAUUUGGCAGAGCUCAUGUGGAAUCGUACGGAUUUCCAAUAGGAUUCCUAGUCAAUCCCAUCAAUCCUGUUCAUCAUCCUCAAGUCACGAGCUCACCGUCUGCUCCGACCACAAGUGAAGCCCCAGUAUGUGACGCACCACCGAUGAAGAAAGGCGAUGAAAUAGACAACGAUUGCGACGGGAGAUUGGACGAAGAGGAUUGCGACGGACAAGAUAACGAUGGAGACGGAAGGAUAGACGAAGACUGUAGCGGUACUGAACUAAGUAAGUAG